AUGGUGAAAUCGAUUUCGGAGAACCCGCAGGGUCAGUUCUCGGUGGAGGACUACACGGUGUUUGCGAUCAUGCUUGGCGUCUCCACCGCCAUCGGGGUGUACUUUGGGAUUUUCCAGCGGAAGAAAAACCAAACCACCGAAGAGUACCUGCUGGGCGGACGAAAGAUGAAGACGUUCCCGAUUGCGAUAUCUCUGAUCGCCAGUCAGCUGUCCGGGGUUUCCAUAAUGUCGGUUCCGGCGGAAAUGUACUCGUACGGUGCGCAGUACUGGAUUAUUGCCCCGACAAUGCUGAUCAUCACGCUGAUCAUCAACUACAUCUUCGUGCCGGUGUUCUACAGCAACCAGAUCACCAACUGCUACCAGUACCUGGAGGAUCGCUUCAGUCCGGCGGUGAAACAGUUCGUCACGUUUACGUACGUCCUCAACAUCUAUCUGGUGUUGCCAAUUUUCAUCUUCAUACCGGCGCUAGCAUUCUCGCAAGUCAGCAGCAUCAAUAUUCAUCUGAUCAACGGGAUCGUGUGUGGUGUGUGCAUUUUUUACACGAUGCUCGGUGGCAUUAAGGCUGUCGUGUGGACCGACGUGGUCCAGGGAAUGAUCAUGUUUUUGUCCUGCUUUCUCGUCGUAAUCAUCGGGGUGUUGAAGAUUGGGGGUCUGUCCACGGUAUUCGACCGUGCGGAUGCUGGUGAUCGUAUGGAAAUUUUCGAUAUGACGCUCGACACGACCACAAGGCAGACAUUUUGGACCUCCAGCAUUGGAAAUAUUUUCCUGUGGACAGGCUACCUGGGCCUCAGCCAGAGCUGUGUGCAGCGAAUAGUGGCCGUACCGAGCAUGCAACACGCCCGGUCGGCUCUGUGGAUCUUCUGCAUCGGUUUCAUCAUCAUAACGUCGCUGAACUGCUUCACUGGAAUCGUAAUGUUUGCCAAGUACUUUGACUGCGAUCCGAUCAAAGUCGGAUUGGUGCAGAAGGCCGACAAGUUGCUGCCGUUCUUCGUGCAGGAUGUCGUCGGCAAUCUGAAAGGCAUGCCGGGCGUGUUUAUCUCCUGUGUGUUUAGCGCUGGUUUGAGCACGAUGUCGGCCAACCUAAACUCCCUGGCGGGUCUGAUCUACGAGGAUUACAUUCGGCCCUUCAAGCUGUUCAAGCAUACGGACGCAUCGGCUAACAUGACCAUGAAAUUACUCAUUCUCGUGAGCGGUGUGUACUGCAUUGCGAUGGGUUUGAUCGUGGAGCAGUUUGGCCAUUUGUUGCAGAUGGUCGUAACGAUCGCCAGUGUCACACAGGGCGCGGUAAUGGGCAUAUUCUGCCUCGGUAUGCUGUGGCCGUGGGCGAACAAGCACGGUGCCCUCUGGGGAUCGGCAUCGAGCGUCAUUGUCGUAUCGUGGAUUAUCUCCGGUGCCCAGUUGGCUAUCAGCAGCAAGCAACUCGCCUACCCCCCGAAGCCGACCAGUGUUGAGAAUUGCUACGAGUACGGAUACAAUGUUACGGCAGACGAUUUCCCGCCGCACUCGUCGCCCCAGGACAGUGGCGAGUUUUCGAUCUACAACAUCUCGUUUGUUUGGUACUCGACGGUGGGCACGUUAAUCGUAUUCCUGGUGGGCAUCCCGGUGAGCUACCUAACCGGAUCGCAGGAUAUGCGCAACUUCAAGCCAAAACUCAUUGCGCCACUCGCACAGUGGAUGCUUCCGGCAGAAGUUCGGCAGAGUGACUUUUCUCUCAAGGAAGAAAACUGCAAAUCCAACACGGCGACCGUCAACACGUGGACAUUCACUACUGCUAACGAAAGCCAGAAAUACAAGGAACGAGUGAUCGAGCAAUCACUUUGA